CGCCUGAGGGCCGGGCUACAGGCAGGGUCUGAACCCGCGGGGCUCAGGGCCGGUCCCGCCGAGGGCCUGGGGCAGCCGCGUGAUGCUCGGGGCCUGGUGCCUGCGCCGAGCCCUGCGCUUCUGUUCCUCCGCUCCCUUCCCGAGGCACAAACCUAAAGCCAAACUCAGCGUGCGGGACGCUCUCGGGGCCCAGAGCACGAGCGGGGAGCGCGUUAAAGUCCAGGGAUGGGUUCGUUCAGUUCGUUCCCAGAAGGAAGUCUUAUUCCUGCAUGUAAAUGAUGGUUCAUCUUUGGAAAGCCUUCAGGUGGUUGCAGAUUCAAGCUUUGACAGUAGAGAAUUGGUUUUUGGGAGCUCUGUGGAAGUCCAAGGGCAGCUGGUAAAAAGUCCAUCCAAAAGGCAAAAUGUGGAACUGAAGGCAGAGAAAAUUGAAGUUAUUGGAAAAUGUGAUGCUAAGGCUUUCCCUAUCAAAUAUAAAGAGAGGCCUACUCUGGAGUACAUCAGACAAUAUCCUCACCUCAGGUGUAGAACUAAUGUUCUGGGUUCUAUACUGAGGGUUCGCAGUGAAGCCACAGCUGCUAUUCAUUCUUUCUUUAGGGAUAAUGGCUUUGUGAAUAUUCAUACCCCAGUAAUCACAUCGAAUGACUGUGAGGGGGCUGGAGAACUUUUUCAAGUAGAAUCUUCAAGCAAAAUAAAGGAACCUGAGGAGAAUUUCUUCAAUGUUCCUGCUUUCUUAACUGUCUCAGGACAACUUCAUCUAGAAGUGAUGUCAGGAGCUUUUACUCAAGUGUUUACCUUUGGUCCAACAUUCCGAGCUGAGAAUUCUCAGAGCCGGAGACACCUAGCAGAGUUUUACAUGGUAGAAGCAGAAAUUUCUUUUGUUGAGAGCCUUCAAGAUCUCAUACAGGUUAUGGAGGAACUCUUCAAGGCUACAACAAUGAUGGUUCUCUCAAAUUGUCCUGAAGAUGUUGAACUCUGUCACAAAUUCAUAGCUCCUGGCCAAAAGGACAGAUUAGAACAUAUGCUAAAAAACAACUUUUUAAUCAUUACUUAUACCGAAGCAGUAGAAAUCUUAAAGCAAGCAUCCCAGAACUUCACCUUCACCCCAGAGUGGGGUGUUGAUCUACAAACUGAACAUGAAAAGUACCUUGUGAAGCACUGUGGCAACAUACCAGUCUUCGUCAUUAAUUAUCCAUUAGAACUCAAGCCUUUCUACAUGAGGGAUAAUGAAGAUGCCCCUCAGCACACAGUUGCUGCUGUUGAUCUUCUGGUUCCUGGAGUUGGGGAACUCUUUGGUGGGAGCCUCAGAGAGGAACGGUACCAUUUCUUAGAGGAGCGCCUGGCCAGAUCAGGACUUAGAGAAGUCUACCAAUGGUAUCUAGACCUUCGUCGAUUUGGAUCUGUGCCACAUGGAGGUUUUGGGAUGGGAUUUGAACGCUACCUGCAGUGCAUCUUGGGAGUUGACAAUAUCAAAGAUGUCAUCCCUUUCCCAAGGUUUACUCAUUCAUGUCUUUUAUAGCUGGAAGAUCGGUUAAGGAAAAGCACCCAUGGGAGAGGCACUACACAUGAAUAUGCAUAUGGGAGAAUGCAAGUUUGAAUUUUUAAAAUGCAGAUUUCAAUAUGUAAUUGUUGUGCCAUAAGAUAUAAUGUGUGAAAAAUAGAACUGAUUAUGAUUUUCUUAGAAAGUCAAGGGUAUUUGAUGGAAGGAUGAACCAACUGCCCCAAGAAGUACUUAUAGCAAGUGGACUCUCAAAUCUAUUACCUCGAUUAAGAAAGGAAGAAAUGGAACUAAAUGGUCUCAAAGGUCCUUUCAAAUUCUACGACAAGAUGAGAUAGUAUAUUUUACUCUGUCUUUAAUCAUUAGAUCACUUCCCUAUAUAACUUUUGAGAAACAACUUAUAGCUAAAAAUAAAAUGUUGGAUCUUUUCUCCCUUGCCAUUUAACCUGUAAUAAAUGCCCGUCUUAUUCUUAGUACUUUACUAAGCAUUGCAGAAGAAAAUAUUCCUUUUUACGGUCUUAAUUGAUUUAAUGAAGUUGCUAUUCUGAAUUAAAAUCUUUCAUUGGACUGAGUGAAAAAAAUCACAUUUAAUAACUUGAUCUGUAAUUAUAAAAGCUAAUGAAAUCUUGUAUUAAUUAUUUAAGCUCUCUAAUCACUGUUGUGUUAUGAUUAGUUUAAAUAAGAUGUUUAUAACAUCUCUAAUAAUCAAUAAAAUAGAUUAAUUGAUACCUAGUAAAAAA